AUGCCUGCCAGCCGCCUUGGCCCACUCGCCGCCGCCCUCCUACUGGGCUUGCUGCUGCUUGUCCUGCCCCCAGUCCGCAGUGACACAGAAACACAGAAAGCGGGCGUGUGCCCCGAGCUCCAGGGCGACCUGAACUGCACCGAGGAGUGCGUCUCGGACAGAGACUGCGCCGACAACCUCAAGUGCUGCCGGGCGGGCUGCGUCGCCGUCUGCGUUCUCCCCAAUGGUAACCCCGCGGCGACCAGCGCGGAGAGGGCCGGGGGCUGGGAGGGAGCGGGCCGCCCGGGUUCCGGGAAGAGGGGCGCACCCGGCCCACGGACCCGUGGGAGAGUCGAGGCGAUGGAGCCAGACUCGCAGUCCCCUCCCGCGCCUGACCCGGGGCGAGACAAAGGCGUCGCUGAAGCGCAGCCGAAGGGGAGGAGGCCCCUACACCGGCUUUUGAGUCCCUGGUGCGUGACAGGCUUCCGGGGCAAGGGGCUGAGGAGAAGGGCACAUCUCCUUGCUUCCCCAUUGCCCACUUUGUUUUACUCUCUUUUUCUAUCAGAAAAGCCAGGGUCCUGUCCCCAGCUGAGCUCCGGCUUCCUCCCGCUUGGCUUCUGCCACGACCUGUGCCAGGUGGACAGCCAGUGCCCAGGCCAGAAGAAAUGCUGCCUCAACGGCUGUGGGAAUGCGUACUGUGCCACACCCCACUUCUGAGCUCCAGCCACUACCAGCCUGUGGAGUUGGAGAGGGGACGUCUUCGCUUGGCCCAGCAUCUGCUCCAGCCUCCCCAGUUUCUGGCCUCUGCACCCACCCUGGGUUGACCACAGCUUCUUCCUUUUCCAACCAAUAAAGUGACCAC